GUGGGAGGGCAGCUCUCCUUCCCCUCCCCUCUGCCCCCUUUUACCCCCUCCCCAAGACCAAUGAGCUCCGCGGUUAGCCCCAGCCCCGGGCAGGUCAGCCCGGAGCCCAGUCAGCAGCAGCGUCCGCUCUGGGGCUCCCUGCACUCCCCUGAGCAGAUGAAGCCGAGCCCGGAGCCCAGCGUCUCGGCGAUGCCUUCCCCGGUGGACGUGGGGUUUCAGGAGUGGCCGAACGGCUGGAAGUACGAAGGACAGUUCGAGGGCAACCUGAAACACGGACACGGGAUCUUUCAGUGGGCCAACGGCGAGUAUUAUGUGGGGAGCUUCUACAAAGAUCACCAACAUGGAUAUGGGACCUAUGUUUGGCCAGAUGGGAGCAAAUUCACAGGAAUGUUUUACCUGGAUCGAAAAGAUGGAUAUGGGACCUUAGAAAUGAAGGAUGGCUCUACAUUCCAGGGGCUUUAUAAAGCUGAUGAGCGUUUUGGGCCUGGAGUAUUAACCUACCCUAAUGGUCGGCAAGAUGUGGGCCUGUGGUACCGGAAUCACCUCAUCCGGCUUUGUACCGAAAUUCCGGGAGCUGUUUCGGUGAAGGAUCACCCACUUUACCAUUCCAGCACAAAAGAGCUUGCCAUCCCAGUGAAAACAUACAAAGAGAAGUAUUUCUGGAAAAUCGAUCCCAAUGAAGAUCCCUUCUUCUACCCUUUCAAAAAACUGCUGUUUGACGACAACUACACACUGCCUCCAGGGAUGGAGAUUUAUUCCACCGACGCUGACCACUUGCCCCUCACUCACUCCUACACAAAAGAAAGUGACAGACAUUUCUUCCAAAAAGAAGAGGUGGAAGAUGAAGACAAGAUGGUGAAGCUCCUCAUUAUUAACCAAACUCCUUUGCUGGUUCAAAUGCAAAUACACAUCUUUAGACACAGGCACGCACAGGCAACGCUCUCCUGGGAUGUUGCUGCUGUUAUUGAAGGAAAUCGAGAGGGCUUUGGUCCAAAGGGGCCUCUGGAAUGCAGCUCCGAGCAACUUAUCAUUGCAGCUGGAGCAGGGAACGAAGACACUGUGCUUAAAAUUCUCAAAAUGAACUUAGUGAGUGCAGAUGUGGCAGAUGUCCAUGGACACAUAUCACUGAUUGGGGCUGCAGCCGUCUGCAAUGACGUUAUCAUCAACCUACUGCUUGAUAAUGGAGCCAAUGUGAACAAGCUGAACAACGAGGGUGUAUCUGCGCUCAACUACAGCUGCAUACAUUACUAUCCUACUGGCUGCUUUCUUCACACUGAUAUCUACAAACUCACAAACCAAAAAGAGCCACGUUAUGCUACACCAAAGCAGGAAGAGGAUACAGAUGAUGAACUGACGAUGCAAGUGAAGAAAGCUAAAAGACUCUCAAUAUACGACCGGAAGAUAAGAGUCGGCAGCAUCAGCUUUAGGAAGAUUACAACUGUCUCCUUGUCAGAUGAAGAGCUGAAGUGGCCAGAGAAAGAAGACAUGACGACAUAUGAGUCUGCGCAUUUUGAAGGGUCUCAAGAUGACGAGGCUACAAUAUCAGAUAUCGAAGACGACAGUUUUAUAUCACUGUCAGUAGGGUCUCCCUCAACUGGCAACUUUGAAUCCACACAGAGUGUCCAUAAUUUUCAGUUCAACAUCAGUGGCCGAUAUCUGCAACGUGCUGCCCAUGUUUUAAGUAGAAACCAGCACUUCAAGAGCUCUGCUGGGAAAUCUAUGAUGAUGCCUGACUUCAAACACCACGAGAAAAUGUGGCGGAUAGCUGCGAUGAAAUCUGAGCACCAGAAGAGAAGGAAAAUCAUCAUUCUGCUUCUCCAAAGAGGGGCGGAUCCCAACAUUUCCAUAAAUCCGAUACCAGCACUCUUUCUCGCCAUGUUGGCAGGGGACCUCAGCUCAGUCAAGACGCUACUGGAGAACAAAGCAGAUCCGAAUACCCGACUUCAAUCACAGAUAAAGGAAAUUGAGGGGCUGAUCCCACUCCACAUCUCUGUGCUGAUCCCUGGCAAGCAAGGAGUGUUGAUGACAGAGCUGCUGCUCAAUGCUGCUGCGAACCCUGACAAAGGAGCACACGACGACAAUGUGACCUAUGAAGCUGACGUGCAGGAUGCCAAGAUGGAGGAGCCUACAGGGAUGGUCCUGAAGACCCCCAAUUUGUUGGGAGUGCCACCACAUUACUACACCCCCGCUGACACCAUUCCCCUUGAAGAUGGACGAACCCCACUGCAUUUAGCUUGCCAGCGUGAAGAUAACUAUAAGCACGCUCACCAGAUAGUCCGCCUGCUGUUGCAGCACAAAGCCAAUCCCAAUUUAUUGUGGAGUGGUCACUCACCCCUGUCGUUGGCAAUCGCCAGUGGAAACGACCUGGCAGUGGAUGAGCUGCUGGCUCAUGGAGCUGACCCAAACCUGCCGCUGACUCGUGGACUGGGGAGUGCGCUGUGCACUGCAGUGAACACUAGGUAUGAGCACAAGAGGACCCUACCAGGCAGACAAGCAUUGGUUGUCAAGUUACUCGAAGCCAAUGCCAAUAUUUUGAUGCCCAUCACUCUUAAAUCCCAGGAAAGCCAAGCUGUAGGAACAGCUGUGGAUUUUGCAUACUACAAAUAUUAUCAGGAUUCAAGAAUAUCUCAAACGCCUUACCAUGCCCUGACGCAUAAAGAGCGGGAAAUCUAUAAUGCCCGUCAUCAGCUACUCAAAUUUCUGAGCGACCCGUUACGAAAGGCCUCCAUUGCCAGGGAACGGAAACGAUUUGAUGAGAUCAUACAGCAGAACAUACAAAGUCGAGAUUCCAGUGUAACUUUGCAAUCACUGAGUGAAUCAGAAGCCCUGUCUUUCGCUGACAUCAGUCUGACAGCAAAGACCAUCUUUGAGCGAAAUGCUCAGGGUGCUGAGGGGAAUCUGCCAACAUCAGCAACCUCUGAAAAGAAGAGCAAAGUCCAAGAUACAGCUCCCAGGAGGCAUCUAUUCAAGUUCAAGUUCUGUUACUCCUGUGGGCGAUCAGUGGGUGUUCGGUUGAUCAAGUGUAGCCGGUGUAAGGAGGUAUACUACUGCAGCAAGGCCUGCAAGUUGACAGCAUGGAACGAAUUCCACAAGGACGAAUGCUACUUAACGAAAGGGCGUCCGUCAAGCAAAAAGGAGGAUGGAAGGUGGAGCCCUUCGUCAACAGCAUCUGUAGAAAUGGACAACUACAGCAAUAAUUAAAAAUGAUUUCCAG